AUGAAGUGCAUUUUAGUACUUUCUAGCUUAAUAAUUUUCUUGGCUUACACCUCCGCCCAGGAAAACUGUGUUGGCCGACCAUGUUUGCUCUGGAGGCUUGUACAAGAAAACCAUUUUCUAAUGAAGGUUCUCUUUAUUUUAAUAUUUUUAGCUCUAUUAGCGAAUUAUAUUUUUGCAAAAGAAUAUUGCCUUGGCCGACCAAUUUUUCAGGUUUGCUCGGGAAAAGGUGAUCCAGGUACUAAAAUAGGUAUAACAUGUAAAUUAAGAGCCACGAAAGAAAUGUGGUACUACGUUUCGACAAAAAAAACGUGCCAGAAAAUGAAUUAUUUGGGCUGCGGUGGAAAUAAUAAUCGCUAUUGUUCCAAGGAUCAGUGUCUUCAAAAUUGUGCUACCAAAAAAACAAACAAAAACAAGAAUUGUGGAAAAGAUGACUCAUAAAUCGGAAAAAGAUCCUGAAUUUUUAAAUUGAUUGAAAGUCUUAAACUCCUUAAAUUUAACUGAAAAUAAAUCUAUAAAUACAUGCAUGUGUAAGAAACAGAUACAAAAAAUAUUAUAUAUGUAUAUGUAUAUAUAAAGCUGUAAAUAAAAAGAAGCCCCAUAUGCAUUUUAAACACAAAAUCAUACAGCAUAUUUAUAGGAAGAGUUAAUAUUAAAUCUAGCCUCAAAUUUAAGAAUUAUCAGUUGUGUAUAUAAUGCAAAUAUUUACGCUUUUCAAAAGUGCAUUAAUUCUAUAAUAGAAUUAUACAUGUACUAUCCAAUUUAAAUAAAACAGUUCAAAUCAAACCUUCUAUAGAGAACAAACUUAGAAGAAA